AUGACUUCCCGCGACGGUUUCCAAUGGACGCCUGAAACUGGGCUUGCACAAGGUGUUCCUUCAAUUGGCGUCAUUUUGCCUCCUACAAAUAUUUUGUCUUCUUCAGCGCUGUAUGACGUUAUCGUUAUCGGAGGGGGAUAUUCUGGUCUCACGGCCACUCGUGACUUGACUGUUGCCGGUCUUCGCGUUCUUCUGAUUGAAGCUCGUGAUCGAAUCGGUGGACGCUCUUGGUCCUCUAACAUUGAUGACUAUCCGUUUGAGAUGGGUGGAACUUGGGUGCACUGGGGUCAGCCUCAUGUUUGGCGCGAAAUUUCGCGAUAUAACAUGCGAACCGAGCUGGAGGAAUCUUUUGAUUUCUCUCAUGGAGUGAACCACUUCCAGUUGCGCACAACUCAGGGCGCUUCAACCAUGAGCCACGAAGAAGAGGACACGCUGCUUGCCUCUGGCCUCGAGAAGUUUGUCAAUGUCGAUGGUGAUAUGGGCAGGAAAGUCAUUCCUUUCGCCCAUGAUGCAUUCCACGUCCCUGAGGCUCGCCUUUAUGAUGAAAUGUCCGCACAAGACCGGAUAAACAUCAUUGCUUUGUCCCUUAACCCGAACGAACGUGCAUCUCUUGAGAGUUUCAUCCUUCUUUGCAGCUGUGGAACAUUGGCAACAACCAGCUUCUUUGAGCUCCUUCAUUGGUGGGCUCUAUGCGGCUACUCCUAUCGUGGUUGUAUGGAUGCCUUGAUCUCGUACAAGUUUAAGGGAGGCCAAUCGACUUUCGCAAUCAAAUUCUUCAAAGAGGCACUCGCCACUGGAAGACUUUCGUAUGCAUUCAACAGCCCUAUCAGCUCAAUCAGCGAUCAAGGAGAUAAAGUUACUCUUACCACUCGUGGCGGCCGCCAGUACAGCGGUGCUCGUCUGGUCUCUACUAUUCCUCUCAAUGUUCUCAACUCCGUUUCCUUCGAUCCGCCUUUGGGUACCCAGCGUGCGGCAGCCACAAACAUCGGGCAUGUCAACCAAUGCGUGAAGGUGCACGCUGAGAUUUCCAGCAAGGACAUGCGCUCAUGGACUGGAAUCUCCUAUCCCUUCAACAAGCUCAUGUAUGCCAUUGGUGACGGAACCACUCCCGCAGGAAAUACACAUAUCGUUUGUUUCGGCGGUUUUAACAACCACAUUCAUCCCGAGGAAGAUAUCAACCAAACCAAGCAGGCCGUAGAGAGCAUGGCUCCAGGGAACAUGGAUAUUAAGCGAUUGGUUUUCCACAACUGGAGCAAAGAUGAGUUUGCCAAGGGCGCCUGGUUUUUUUCUCCUCCUCAGCUUCUAUCCACGUCGUUGGAUGCUAUGCGGGCUCGACAGGGAAACAUUGUCUUUGCAAACUCUGAUUGGGCUGUUGGCUGGCGCAGCUUCAUUGAUGGUGCCAUCGAGGAGGGCACACGGGCGGCUAUGACGGUGAAAGAGGAGCUGCAACCUGCUCCUGCGCUGCGUUCAUCUCUGUAG